AUGGACCCUCCACCACCACCCGCCACAACGCCUCCAGAAAACACACCAGGAAACGCCAACACGAGCGGCUCUGAAAAACGCAAAAACAAGCGGAAGCGAAAACGGUCUGCACCGAGCAGUGCGAAUGCGAGUGGGACGUCGACGCCUAAGGUUAUGAUUAAUAUUGAGGAUGGGAAGGAGGAGGAGGGAAGAGGAGGAAAUGGGAAUGGGAAUGGGAAUGGGAAUGGAAAGAAGGAGGAGCACAGCGGGAAAGAAGGACGAAGUAGUGGUGAAGCUCGUGCCUCGGGGUCUACAUCGACAUCGACAAAGGACGUCGCCAAUGGCCAGUCGUCAUUCGCGGAUGAAGACGACUUUAUACCCUUGGGCGUUGUCUCUUCCGACGACGAGGACGCGGACGAGGAAAGGGGUGCACGCGAUUUGAAAGGGAAAGGGAAGGCGGUGACUGGUACAGAAGGGUCUUCGAAAUCAAAAGGCAAAGAGCGGGCGACGGAUGGCGAGGAUGGCGAGGAGCGAGAUGAAGGCGAGAGGGAUAGGAAGCUGAGUAGGCGCGAACGAGCGCGUGAACGCAACCGGAAACGAUCGCGGUCGAGGUCGAGGUCGCGGUCCAGGGAUAGAGAAAGAGAAAGGGAAUGGGAUAGAGGGAAGAGGAGUCGCAGGGAAGAUGAUAGGGAAAGAGACCGAGUACGUGACUCCAAGCCGUCUCAGUAUGGCCUCGUAUUCGACUUUGACGACUUGUAUGUGAAGAGACACGCCUACGACUAUGGUCCAACCAACAAAGCUCCCUGGAUACGCGGUUUGAAUUUGGAGAGUUGCAAGAACGUGGCUGAGAUGAUGCACAAGGAGGUGGAAGCCUUUGUCAAGUGGAUAUCGCCUACCCCAGUCGAGGACGAGAUUCGCGGCUUGAUUGUGAAACAGAUCGCUGUAACAGUGCAGAGCAAGUUUCCCGACGCGUCUGUGCUGCCAUUCGGGAGUUACGAGACGAAACUAUACCUUCCAAUGGGCGAUAUCGACUUGGUCAUCCUUUCAGAAUCCAUGGCGUAUAGUAACAAGGUCUCCGUUCUCCAUACACUCGCCAAUACACUCAAACGUGCUGGCAUCACCUCACGCGUCACGGUUAUCGCCAAAGCCCGCGUUCCUAUCGUCAAGUUCGUCACUACGCAUGGUCGUUUCAAUGUCGAUAUUAGUAUCAACCAAGAGAACGGGCUCGUUUCUGGCAACAUUAUCAACGGCUUCCUACGACACCUUCACAACCCUACCUCCAACACCCCCGAAUUCGACGCCAACGGUAACCCCAAAACAAGUCUCGCGCUACGAAGUCUCGUCCUCAUCACCAAAGCCUUCCUCGCCCAACGCAGCAUGAACGAAGUCUACACCGGCGGCCUGGGCAGCUACAGCAUAAUGCACCCCAAGAUUCGGAGAGGGGAGAUUGACCCUGAUCAGAAUUUGGGUGUGUUGGUGAUGGAGUUUUUUGAGCUGUAUGGGUGUUUCUUUAAUUAUGAUGAGGUUGGGAUUUCGGUUAGGGCUGGUGGGACGUAUUUUAGUAAACGGCAGAGGGGGUGGUUUGAUUAUCAGAAGAGGGGGCUGUUGUCGAUUGAAGAUCCUGCUGAUCCUUCGAAUGAUAUAUCCAAAGGGUCGUAUGGUUUUCAAAAAGUUCGGACGGCAUUGGCGGGAGCGCAUAGUAUUCUGACUGCUACUGCGUAUCUGCGAGCUGGGAUUAUCAAUUCGAGGAGGAGUGGGCAGUCUGUGAAUCUUCGUGGGUAUCAUGACCCUGAGGAUUUGAGUAUCCUUGCGACGGUUAUGGGGAUUACUCAGGAGACGUUGAAUCAUAGGAGGCUCGUGCAGGAAUUGUACGAUCGCCGGGUUUUGCACUCGAUAUUGAACGUCGACCCAGCGCCACCGCCGUCGAUGUCCUUUUCGAAACCGCAAAGCUCGAAGUCGAACGGCAGUUCCGCCCACAACAACUCGAAUUCAAACUCGAAACCGAACGGGAAAGAACUCCGAAUUCAAGGUGCUGCCAAACGUUCGACUUCCAAUUCCAAAUCCGAGCCUAUCGUCAACUUUAUCGAUUCCGAGGAGGAAGACGACUACCAGUAUCAUCAUCACCAUCGGUCAGACGACGAAGAAGAGGAGGAGGGUCGGUAUGAUAUCCGACAGCCUCCCCGGAAGCGCCAGCGCACGGGCAAGCAGCAGGUCGAUUAUCAUACGGUGUAUGUGACUUCCGGAGACGAGGAUGAUGAUGAUUUGUACGAUUCGGAUGAAGAGGGUGUCGUUGAGCUUGAGGAGGGUGAGGAGAAGGAGGGUCAGGGUGCGAAGAGGAGGAAGAGUUUAGGGGAUGGAGAUAGAGAUCCCAUCGUCGAGAGGGAGAAGCAGGAUAAGAAGAGGUCGUAUUGGUUGUCGAAGGGGAUUGGUCCGUGGUUGGGAGGAGAUGUGGUUGGAGAGGAUAGUGAUUGA